CCGCGCGGCGCUAAGGGCAGGUCUGCGGGUUGCGGCGGCAGGAGCUCCCAAGCAGGGCCCACCAGGGCCGCCCCGCCACUCAGUGUGUGGCCGGUGACAUGGGUCUCAAGUGUGGCUGCAGUAAUAGCAAACUGCGGUGGAGAGACCAAGGGAAAUAAUUCCAGCUGCGCCAUAGCCCGCCAAUAUCCCUUUCCGCCCUCUGUCUGGGUCUUCCACCAAGUUCAAAAUCAGAUUUGGUGGAUGAAACAAAAGAUCCAGGCAUGGGUGUAGCUCAGUUGGUAGAGUGCUUGCUUAGCCAGCACUGAGCUCUGGGUUUGAUCUGGGUGCGGUAAAAUCGGACACAUGUCAGGAGCCAUAAUGGGACAAGCUAAUAACUAGCAGGUGAUCAUCCUGAAGUAGCCUGCCUUGGAUUAUUAUAUAAUCUGCGACAGUGAGCCCUCAUUAAGCAAGGCUAUGAGGGACUCAUUUUAGGAAAGAUUCCUGCUGAGAUAGAACAAAGGCUGUAUUGCUUAAUCCUCCCCUGAUAGGCUACAGGUGUUAAUCGCCUAAGCCAGCAAGCAAGCCCUCAGAAAGAGCAAGAAAGUUUUUAGGACUUUUUAGAAGUUAUCAUCAGCAUUUCAGUAUAAUUAGAGAGCUAGAAAGCCCCAAGACCCUCAGACGUUAAAGCCAUCACCAGAGUCCUUACUCUGUGACUCCACUGCUACCCCUGGCCCGGGCCAGGAGGCUCCCAAUGUUCUAAUUUGGCACCCGAACAGCGACAUUGAAUAAGGUAAGUGGACACAGAUAGGACUCUUAACUGGGUCUUACAAAUCCAUUGGACAAGGAGUGUGCAGUUAAAUUGUCUUCUGCCAUCAGUAGAGGCGGAUAGUUGGGGCCAUCAGUUCCUGGUUGGGUACCAUCAGUGCCCAUGUUAAGCCAGGAGCCAUCAGCUCUGGCUUUUAUUGCCUGCUGCCAUCAGCAGAGGCUGAUACUAGGUGCCAUCAGUGCCUAGCUGUUCUGUUGGAAGCUAUCAGCACCCGUCUUAGGUCAGAAGACAUCAGUUCUGGGUUGUGUGCAUUUCAUGGGUAUCUCUCAAGAUGGGACAAAGUGAAUCUACAGAUAGAGAGUUCUUUACAGAUAUUAAUAAGUAUACUCUUAAGAAAAGAGUCUUAGCUGGGCAAUGGUGGAGCACGCCCUUAAUCCCAGCACUUGGGAGGCAGAGGCAGGCGGAUUUCUGAGUUCGAGGCCAGCCUGGUCUACAGAGUGAGUUCCAGGACAGCCAGAACUAUAUACAGAGAAACCCUGUCUCGAAAAACUAAACCAAACCAAAACAAAACAAAAAACCCGAAAGAAAGAAAGAAAGAAAGAAAGAAAGAAAAGUCUUUAAGGUUAAAACUAGCCAUCUGACUGACUUUCUUCAGUUUGUACAGUCAGUCCCUGGCUCCCAGAAAGGGGAAGUUUAGAUGUGGAUACAUGGAAGAAGUUAGGGUUAGAUAUUAAAAACUGGUUUAUAGAGAAUGGAGGAAAAGGUGUGCCCCUUACAGCAUUUGCUCUUCGUUUGCUAUUUGGAAUACACUUGAGGAAACAUUAGCAGAUGACAGAAAGGCCUUAGGCGCCCAAGCAGCAUCAGAUUCACCUCAUGAGCAGACUCCAUUACUACAGUCUCACUCAGGAUCUAAGAAAAAUGUUUAUUCCUCAACAGAAAAGUCUGAGAAAAGUAGUUCAGGAGAGAGUCGUGGUGAAUCAGAAGAGAAAAAAACCAACCUCAGAGGAGGAGUCUGACUUCUGAAAAGAAAGUAACAAAAUAUCACAAACACAAGUGACCCUUAACAAAUGUAAACAUUGAAGCAGCUACUCUGCUGGUGGAAGAACAACUUCAAAAAGGCCACAUUGAGUCUUCCACUAGCCCUUAGAACACUUCAAUUUUUGUUAUUAAGAAAGAAAUCAGGCAAAUGGCGACUAUUACAGGACUCUAGAGAACUAAAUGGCACCAUGGAAAGCAUGGGAGCCCUUCAACCUGGGUUGCUGUCUCCUUCUGCCAUUCCCAAAAUGAUAAUGUUAUUGUUAUUGAUCUUCAAGAUUGCUUUUUUACCAUACUGCUGUGUCCUUGUGACCGUCAGAGUUUUGCCUUUAGUUUACCUUCACCCAACCUUUAAAGGCCAUACCAGAGGUACCAGUGGAAAUUCCUCCCCCAAGGUAUGAAAAAUAGUCCAACUCCUUGUCAGAAAUUUGUGGAUAUUGCUAUCCUGCAGGUCCGUAAAAUCUAUUCUGACAUUUAUCCUGUUCAUCAUAUGGAUGAUAUUCUACUUUCUCAUAAAGAUAGAGCUUAGGUACAAGAGACACUACGAUUUUUAGCUGAGCGGUUAAACUUAUAUGGACUUCAAGUGGCUUCAGAAAGGGUUCAGAUUCGACCCCCAUUCUCAUACCUGGGUCGUGUUAUUCAGACAAAACUUGUUUCUCCUCAGCCCAUUCAACUCAGGGUUGAUCACCUAGAGGUAAAGGGAGAUAUGGUUACUCCUUAUACUGCAGACCAACAUAAUAUUUUGUCUUAUGAAUUUGAGCAAUGGCAGAUUGUACAAUUAGGAUAUACUGGGACCUAUUCUUAUCACUUGCCUAAUCACCCCUUGUUAUAUUUCAUGAAAGGGCAUCGAGUCAUCUUUCCUCUCAGAACUAAAUCAGCUCCCUUGCCUCCUCCAGCAGCAAUGGUGUUUACUGAUGGCUCGGCUUCAGGGCUGCUUUGAUUUUUGAUGGCAACAAAGAAUCUUUCCCUACACAAGAAACUUCUGCACAGCAAGUAGAAUUAGUAGCAGUAAUUGCUGCCUUUAAAAGACUUAAAAAUAAAACCUUUAACUUAUGUACAGACUCCCACUAUAUUGUCAGAUUAUUUUCUUAUAUCGAGACAGCUCUACUGCCAUCUAGCCACUCCACAAUCUUAGCUCUACUUUCAAAACUGCAGGUGUUAUUUCAAUCUAGAGAGUGUCCUUUUUUUGUAGGACAUGUUCGAGUUUAUACAAUGCUCCCUGGUCCUAUUCAUGAGGUUAACUGUAUGGUUGACACUCAGACAAAGGUUGUUGCUCUCUCAAUGGAGGCAGUAGAGAGGAUAGUUCUUAGCUCUGAGGCAAAAGGUAUUGUUUUGAAACAACUGGCCUUUGAGAGUGCUACAUCCACUUGUCAAUCUCUUCGAAAGACAAUUUAAAAAUCUGGAAAUGUAUUUAAAGCAUGUGCUGAGGUUGCUAGUUCAUAUUUUCAAGGUGUACCCAUUACAACAACCUCACAAGGCCAGAGCACUGUCCAAAAUCUUACUAAUAAGGGCAGAAAACAUUUAAUAAAUCAGGCUUGGCUCGCAAAAGUUAUUCAAGUAAGAAUUCUGGACUUAUCAGCAAACAACAUCCUGGCAAAGCAAGAGGUGCCAUAAAUUUUAAUUCUCCUGGCCCCACUCAAAGCAGAAAUCCCACUGGGUGUCACUGUUGUCUGAAAGGGUACGACAGGCGUAAGGAGCGCCAGCCACACUGACCUUCACAGAAAUGGCACUGCCUUAUCUGGUGCUACUGUAAUCCUUAAUAAUACAGAAAUUUUAUCAAACCAGGGAAACUGUGAGGCACCUACCUCAGACCCCUCAAACAAGAGAGGUAAUUCAACAGCCUCAGGUGACCAAUCCAUUUGUCAAAGAAGGACUGUCCAACAGCUGCAGGGAGCAACUCCAGGCAGCACAGGGCUGUGCCUCCACAAAAAUAUUCACUCACGGCUUCUCCUCAAACAGGUUAUCAUAACUUUUAAGAUCUUAAAAGAAAUUUUCCUCACACAAGAAACAUUUGCACAACCAACAGAGCUAAUGACAAUAGCCAUUGUCUUUUUUGCGACAGGGUUUCUCUGUAUAGUCCUGGCUGUCCUGGAACUCACUUUGUAGACCAGGCUGUCCUUGAACUCAGAAAUCCGCCUGCCUCUGCCUCCCAAGUGCUGGGAUUAAAGGCGUGCGCCACCACCGCCCGGCGCCAUUGUCUUUUAAAUGUGAAGGACAAGCCCCUUUUUAAAGAAUGUUUUACAGCUGUUGUACCGUUUUUUUUUCCUUUUUUUUUUAGCCCCAACUUUCAGAAUUACAAGUCUUACUUCAAUUUAAAAAUUGCCUUUUCUCUAUUGGACAUGUUCAAGUUCAUUCUAUGCUUUCUGGUCCUAUAAAUGAAGGUAAGGGUUAGUUUCUUAACAAAAGCUUGUUGCUUUCCCUACAAAGGUAACUUAGCAUGAUCUCACAUGACAAAUCACCAUAGCGCUCAGAGAAACUGCUCCUGCAUUCCUGCAGAGCUGUCAGCUAAGCUUGGGAAUUAACCACUGAUGAGCCUGUGCCCUUGUGAUUUAAAACAGACAAAUGUUACAAAUACCUGUCUUUUGGAAAGUUAGCCUUUAUUCCUGUACGUAUGUACACUUAAUUCUCAUUGCUAUUUAUGUCUUUUCCUAACUCGGGAAAACUUCCAAAGAUACGAUACAGUAUUUGUUUCAUUAGUUUAUAAUACCAAGGGCUUAAUGUCUUUGUUUAAACUUACAAAGCCUUUUAAAUUUGGUGUUUGACUCUAAGUUUCUCAUAUUCCACUGAUAUCCCCUAUAAUUCACAGGGACAUGCUAUUGUAGAGUGAGUUCAUCAGACUUUUAAAAGAUAUAAACAUCUGAAUUAAAAAAUGAAAUAAAAAAAAUGAAAUCAUAAUUAUUCAUCUCCUUACAAUACUUUAUAAAAAAUAGUCCAUUUUUAAAAACUUUUCUAGCCCCUAACAAAAUAAAGACCUACUAAGUGGAUAAUUAAAAAAGACUGGAUUUUUUUUUGGGAGAAGCCCUGUUUCUACAUUUACAGGACCCUAUAGAUGCCAGACCAGCUGAUUGCGCCAGUCCUUCUCCACGGACAGAGGCUUCCAAACCUGCCCCUUCCGUGCCUACUUUAGAGCCAACAUCAUCUGCAGACUCUCCACUGGCGCCAGAGACCCCAGCAAAAGAAGAUACUGAAAAUAUGGUUCCUGAUUGCAUCUGAUUGGACUUUUAAUUCUAUACCCAGGGGAUACAGGGGAUAUAAAACUGAUUUAUGUGAAAAUUCACCUCUGAAGGAACCAGAAGGAAGAAGCCAUAUAAAACUACUCAGCAAUUCACCUUCUGACUUUCAAGCACCUGGAACAUAAUUUCUUUUCAGUAGCACACGGCACCAUGUUUAUAGCCCUGUAGCUGAGCCACAUUAUGACAAGUGAUUAAGAGGAGCCAUCUUCUCGGGCUCUCAGCCAGGCCUCAUCUCUGAGACACAGCAGCAACCCUGCCACAAGGCCAUGCAUAAGUUAUGUUGCUGCUUGUUCCUGAUACCUCCGAUGACGUCAGGGUAGAGUCGGCUGACAGAUGCUGGGAGAUUCCCUAGUCCGGAACUAUUGCAGACACUAGGUGGGCUCCUCUGACUGAUAGACCACCUAGGUUUCUCAAGGCAGAGCAGAACUGGUGAUCUCAUUUGUGUGAAGAGUGGAGAGUCUUCCCACCAAGACAUAUGAAGAUGGACUCUUCCCUCGGGGACGACUUUGGUCCUACAAUACAGAACAGGGCCAUGGAACAAAUCAUUACACCGAUGACUGUUCAGCUUUGCCAUCUGCUCAUCUCGGUGGAGAGGAAAGAAGUACAGAAUAAAGCGCUUGCCUCCCUGCAGAAGGUGGCGGAGCAACUGGCCAAUGCUAGUGAGGAGUUUGUGCACGUUGCCAGCAGGCUGGCAGGAGACUCUGAGGAGAAGUGGCUUAGGGAGGAAAUGAAGCCAGUGGCUGAGUCUCUGAUCCUCUCUGGGAGGAACAUCCUGCGGGUAGCAGAGAAGCUUCACUUGCAGCCCGAGUCUCAGCGCCACUGGGAGGAGCUAGUGGCCACCGCUCAGCAGGUCCUGGUGGACACUAAGAAGGUCUUGCUCCUUGAUGAUGCUGCUGCGGUGAGGAAGACCAGGACAGCGGCCAAUUGGUGUCUGACAUGCGUGGAGGCGCUGGAGGAGGCGGAGGACACCACCUCGCUGCGCACCUCGCUUGAUGACCUGGCGGCUGCGCUUUUCAGACUGGGCGGCCUGACCGCGCGCUGGGCCUGGGACCAGCAUCUGGGUCGAGCUCGCCACCGCCUAGGGUGCUGUGUCCCCGCACUGCUCGCGGCUGCCCACGGUCACCUCCGGCAUCCCCGCGAUCCGCAGCUGGUGGCCUCACGGCGCCGGGUCUUCGCUCUGACCAGGCAGAGCCUCGAAGAGCUCCUGGACGCGCUGCAGCCCGGCGUUGGCGUCGUAGGGACCGGAGUGCUCUCUCAGAAUGGAGCAUUGGCGCGCGGUCUGUGCAAGCUGCGAAAGGUCCUGGAGGACCCUGGGCCUGGUCACCUGCUACUGGAUGCACCACUGGCCGCCGUGGUGUGGCACUGCCUGCGUCUAGCCGCCUGCUCCGCGCCACAGGAGAGGAUGCACCUGGUGUCCCGCUGCCGGCAGUUGAUGCAGCUGCGACCCGGGGUGCACAGUCUCCCCCGGUCCAGUCCAGGGACCGACUGCGAAGCUCUGCGGGCCGCGACUGAUGCGCUCUUUCGAGCAGUUCGCGCUGGGUUACUGCGCCAGAUUCUGGACACGUUCACAGACACCCAAAGUCCUCUAGAGACACUGGUCCAGGCCGCCUUGGCGACGUCCACUAUCAGGUUCCGCUGUGAUAGCGAAGCCUUGGCAGAGACUGUCCAGAUACUUCUCGAUGCUUUCCACAACCAGGCUAAGCAGAUGAUCCGGGUGGCCCAUUUGGUUUGGGUCUGCUGCCCACAGCAGCAAACUGGCAGAGACUUGGAGGCUGCCGUGGCAGGUCUUCAGAGGCUUGUGAUCAAAGUGAAAGAACUCUUUUCACAAAGUCCCCAGACGCUUGGCCUGGAUUGGAGCCCUGCCACCCUCCAGGCCCUGCUUGAGGCUUGGGCCAGGGAAUCCGAACACCUCCUGUCAUGCUUUGAUGUCGUUCUCAACAUUCCAGAAUUCCUGAGUGUGUCCAUCCAGGAAAUGACUAAACACUUGGACUUGUCCACAAUUGCUCUGAGGAGCGGAGCGUCCAGAGAGUUUUCCAGAUCUGUGGCAUUCUUACGCGGAAGAGCCACCCACAUAGUACAGGUGAUGAGCAGAUAUGUGGGUCAAGACCCUGAUCCUAUUUUCCGGAACGGGAUGAGAGUCGUGGUUCAACAGCUGGCACAGUCUUCCGUGACCCUAGGUGCAGCCACUGAAGGCAGCAGAGCUGAGGACAGUGCUCAGGACACAGAUGUCUUUUUAACCAUGGCAAAGCACCUCAUCCAUGCAGCCCAGCAAGUCCGCGAGGGGCUGGAUGGGUCCAACCAUCCAGACAUCCUCAGCCCACUUCGAGUCCAGGUCCAAAGGUUUGAUAUGACCAAGGGGUGGUCUUAUUUUAUUCUCCCCAGCCCCCAGCAUCCCACAGCUUCUGAAAUAAAGUACCAGCGGGUACCUGGGUUAUGGAAAAGUGGCCCAAACACCUCUUUGCUACCAGUAGAACAACUUUCCUACACAGUGGUCCCUGGCACCUGCAUACAUGGGUGGAGAUUUCCACUCCCUGCUGUCAGCAAAGGUGUCACUACUAUGGAGAACAGGAACCAUCAAGUAGUGACCUUACCAUGCACCAACACGCCAGAGCAGAAUUCUACUGUGGACACAGUCCAAGAGACCCAGGCUGGGGAAGAAACCCUGGGGCCAGAGAGGAUGACAGGACUACAAGAAGUCUCAACACUGGCACCCUCGAUUAUUGAUCUAGCCAGGAAGGAAGUCCAUAGCGCAAACACUGGAAGCGAGGAGCUUCUGAGGGUAUCUUUUCAGCAAUCCCAGGGGACCAGGGAAGACAGGUGGGGUUUGGUAGCCAGGGCUGGGGACUGGUACCCUCUGUGUCAACAACUAUUUUGCCAUAACCUAGAGACUGAGUUACCUGGGAGCAUGGCAGCAUUUGUGGAGCUCCAGCAGGACUUGGCCUUGAUGGUUCAAGUAGCAGCUAAAAGUGGUCCUGUGAAUGUGGACAAAAAGAACCCUGACUUAAUGGGACACCCAAGACUGCUUUUAGAGCUACAAGACAGAUCAGAAAAAACAGAGAUCCACGCUAAACAGCUGUUGGACCAAGUUCUGUCCUCUGAUGGUCUCCAAGAGCCCACCCUGAGGGAAGAGAACAUUGACAAUGGGUGCCUUCUGUGGGCAGUAGCUGUCCAAGACCUGAUGCAGUGCAUGGAGAGAUUCAGCAGGAGACAGGGCCUGUUCCUACUGCCCCUGCGACAGGCAGUGAAGAACCAGCAGGGGUUACAGAAAGGGUUAGGUCAGGCAGCAGAGAUUUCUCAAAGGUUACAAGAGGCUGCCAAGCUGUCUAGUGUUCUGUGUGGGGAUGCACAGGUGAAGGGUGAGAUCUCCUUUCUGUGCAGGGAAGUUCAUGUACUCACAGAUGCCUUGCUAGAGGUGGCACACAUCUUGGUCUCCUCCCCCAAGCCAUGUCCCAGCCUCUCUACACGUUUUGAACUUCUCUGCUUGGAACUCAGCCUUCGGGCCAAGGCCCUGACUGACUACCUGACCAGCAUCAACGCAGCCUACGAGCAUAUGUUCCAAGAUGUCAUCAGCAAGAGCUCCCAGAACAGGAUAGAAGGAAUGUUGUCUACUAUCCAAGCUGUGCAGGGAAUCAUAGCGGGAGGUCAAGAGUCUGAAACCGUCCAGAAAGAUCUUCUUGUGUCGCUAGAGAGCAUUCUCACGCUCACUAAGGAAGUGGUCAGGAAGGUCCCUGUGCUCCAGGAGGUACAGAGUUUGCAUACGCUGGACUGGCUUCAGUGGGAAUGGGCAGCUAAAGUCCACCAUGCAGUGACUCAGCUCCAGGCUUUGGAGGGUAGUCAUAUGGAGGCCUGGAGACUCCUGGUCCAAUACUUGAAGCCCAGAGGGGAGCAAGCCAAGCCCCUAGAAGAGGAUCUUGUCCAGCCCCCACCCCACUGUAACGAGGGUACAGCAGGAACCACUUCAGGGGUCAGUGUGGAUUCUCAGGGUGCUGUUCCCAAAGACACCCCAGAAAGCUCAGUGGGGACCUGUGCUGAUGAGCCAGCUACCACCAGGACCACCACAGCAGACAGGAGCAUGCACCAGAGUGGCAGCCUAUCUCUGCCUCCUGCUCAGAUGGACCAGCCUGCUCCAGAGGACAGCAGUGCAGACAGUGAGAACAGAAUCACCCAGAUCACACAAGAGAUGGCCACUGAGGUGCUCCUGAUGGCUCGGAGCUUGAGGAAGAGUGGGCAAGUCCUGACCAAAGAUCAGCUCAUUGCCUCUGCCAGGAAAGUCUCAGCUUCUGGAAAAGACUUCACCAGACUCAUUCACAUCAUUGCUAAGAACUGCAUAGAUCAGAGAUGCUCUCAGGAGCUUCUGUGUAUGGUGGAACAGAUUCAAACCAUGAGCAGCCAGCUCAGCAUCAUCUCCAGUGUAAAGGCCUCCCUGACGAGAAGCAAGUCCUCAGAGGAGCUCCUUGUUGACAAUGCACAGAGGCUCCUCCAGGCUGUCUCCAAGACCGUGAGCGCUGUGGAAGCUGCAUGUCUUCGGGGAUUGAGAUGGCCUUCCUCAGAUCCAGAGGAGCUGGAGGUCGCUGCCUUCUGCACCCAGUGGAAGAGGAAACUACUGCAACACCGACUUCAAGAAGCCUCAAACGAAGACUGUGAUGAGCUGGGUUUACGAAAAAGGAGCACAAGGAAACUCCCAGCCUUGGCGGCCCUGGUCCAAGAAGCAUUGUAAAGCUGAGGAGGAGUCUCCCAGUCGACCUGUCUUGAGCAAGACUUUGGCAGCUUGUGAGGCCAGCCUCUUGGGCUGAGUCGGAGACGUAGGUAUGUGAGGCCAAGGCCUGCUCUUACAGAGCUUCCCUGACAGCAUUCCUGGUUAGACAUUCACUGGCAUUGACUUAACAGGGAAUGCUCCUGUCUGUCCGUGGUACAGAGAGAUUUUAAAAAGAACAGCAGACGCUGGAGUGAAGGUGCUCAGAAGAGAGGCCUGUUGGUUUCCUGUUUGGCCCAUCCAUUCUUUCACUCUUCUGCUCACUGUCUUUUAAGCCACUUUGUUAAUUCUCAUAUCAUUCAUACACUUAAAGUAUAUAUAUCCCUUAACGGUUUUUAAUGCUCAAAGAGUUAUGCAAGCAUCAACACAAUAAGGCAGUUCUAGAAUAUUCUAGUCAUGCCCAAGAAAGUCUGCCCCGUGGUCUUCUCCUCUUACCCUGGCUUAGUAGCUGUUAAUAACUUUCUGUAUUUUUAUUUUAUAGAUUUAUUUUAUAGAUUUAUAGACUGGACACUUCCUAUAAGUAGAAUAGUAAAGUACUUUUCUGUGGCUGGUUUACAUGCUUCAAAUAGAUUCUGAAAGUGCAUUUGUAUUGGCACUUCUUUUCUUCCUACUUUAGGGACACACCACAUCUUACUUACCUACUCAGCAAUGGCUGGACAUUUGGGUUCUUUCCAAUUUUGACUAUUCUGAAUAAAAUUACUAUGAACUUAAGUUAUUGAACUUACUUGAAUGGUGCUGUGGAUAAUACUUCUGUGUUAUUCUUUUUUCUGUCAAACACAUAAUUACAUUAUGUCUUUCAGUUCUUAUAUAGUUAGUUUAUACACUGAUUCUCUCCCACAUUAUUGUGGCUAGUGGUUCAUUAAUUUUAAUAAACUUCUUAAACAAGCAUAUUUUGA